AUGACACUCAAUCGUGAAUUCCAAAUUCUCGAAUCUGCGGAGUACAAAGAUCUAUCUGCCACGGUGGUCAAACCCUUCGAGCCUUUCACAUCUUCCGUUCCGAUCGCAGGCUGGGUUAUCGCAGCAGCAACGACGACGACGGGGAGACGAUGCCAUGAACAUCCACCAUCGACGAUCACCUACGAUCUCAUACAGGAUUUUGACAACCGGCCUGACAUUGAGCUUUGGGAAGAUUGGAUGUGGGAGGUCUGCACUUGGUUUGGGAAGGUGUCUAGCUACGACACAGAACUUGCUGCGUAUUGGCUUUUGCAUGGACUCCAAGGCCGAUACAUCCCGCGUCUUUUUGGUGUUGUUCGUCUUCAUAUUAUCCCCGACUCUAUUCCUCUUCAUCUCAUCACGGAUAUCGUCCAGGGGCUCGUUCUCGACAACUGA